CGACAGGUUUCGAGGGUAUGUCUUAUACGUGGCUUUGAGUUGUGUGGCAUCCGUGAUCGGCCGAAACUUUUACGACCACCCUGCCUCAAGAUGUACGUUUUAAAACGGGAAAAAAAGGACGAAGAAGACGGUGGUACGAAUCCUUUUCACAACCUCGAGAAAACAUCUGUGCUUCAAGAGGCUCGCACCUUCAACGAGACGCCCGUCCAUCCACGGAAAUGUGCGGAGAUUCUCACAAAGAUCCUCUACCUCCUCAACCAGGGUGAGGCUCUGGGUACGACGGAGGCCACGGAGGCCUUCUUUGCGAUGACGAAGCUGUUCCAGUGCCGGGACACGGUGCUGCGUAGGCUCGUCUACCUGGGCAUCAAGGAGCUCUCCAAGGUGGCCGAAGACGUCAUCAUUGUCACCAGCAGCCUCACCAAAGACAUGACUGGGAAGGAGGAUCUGUACCGUGCGGCUGCCAUACGAGCACUCUGCAAAAUCACUGAUAGCAGCAUGCUGCAAGCCAUCGAGCGCUACAUGAAGCAGGCGAUAGUAGACAAGAACUGCGGCGUCUCCAGCGCCGCCCUCGCGUCCUCGCUGCACCUGAUGUCCGUCAGCCCCGACGUGGUGAAGCGGUGGGUGAACGAAGCUCAGGAGGCGGUCAACUCGGAUAACAUCAUGGUUCAGUACCAUGCCCUGGGCCUGCUGUACCACAUCCGCAAGACAGACCGGCUGGCCGUCUCCAAGCUGGUGUCCAAGUACGCCAGGUCGGCCCUCAGGUCACCCUACGCCGUCUGCAACCUGAUUAGGAUUGCAAGCAAGCUCAUUGAGGAGGACGGUGUGGGGCCCGAGAGCCCGAUGUUCGAGUUCAUCGAGAGCUGCCUGCGGCACAAGAGCGAGAUGGUGACCUACGAGGCGGCGCAUGCCAUCGUCAACCUUCGUUCAACCACGGCCCGCGAACUCACGCCGGCGGUCUCGAUCCUCCAGCUCUUCUGCAGCUCCCCGAAACCGACCCUCCGUUUUGCUGCAGUCCGGACCCUGAACAAGGUGGCGAUGGCGCACCCCGCGGCGGUGACGUCGUGCAACCUGGACCUGGAGAACCUGAUCACGGACGUAAACCGGUCCAUCGCCACCCUGGCCAUCACCACCCUGCUGAAGACGGGCAGCGAGAGCAGCAUCGAGCGCCUCAUGAAGCAGAUCACCUCCUUCAUGUCCGACAUCUCGGACGAGUUCAAGAUCGUUGUGGUCCAUGCAAUACGGUCCCUUUGCCAGAAGUUUCCCCGCAAGCACUCGGUGAUGAUGAACUUCCUGGCGUCGAUGCUUCGCGACGAGGGCGGCUUUGAGUACAAGAAGGCCAUCGUGGACACGGUCAUCCACAUCAUCGAGGACAACCCGGACGCCAAGGAGGCCGGCUUGUCGCACCUGUGCGAGUUCAUAGAGGACUGCGAGCACACGAGCCUGGCUGUGCGCAUCCUCUGCCUCCUGGGCAGGGAGGGUCCCCUGGCCUCUACGCCUUCCAAGUACAUCCGCUUCAUGUACAACCGGCUCAUCCUCGAGAAUGCCCCCGUAAGGGCAGCGUCCGUGAGCUCCCUGGCCAAGUUUGGGGCCCACUGUGAGGAACUACUUCCCAACAUCCUGGUGCUGCUGGAGCGCUCCCUGCUGGACACGGACGAUGAAGUGCGCGACCGGGCGGCCUACUUCCUGCACGUGCUGCAGCAGCGCCAGAAGGCCCUCUGCACGCGCUACAUCCUCGACGGUCUUCAGGUGUCUAUUGUCGGGCUGGAGAAGGCGCUGCACAAUUACACAAUGGAACCGAGCGACGCGCCGUUCGACAUCGCCACCGUCCCCAUUGCCACUCAACCAGUCGAAAAGAAGACGCAAGAGGCCAUGCCCAAGGGAAAGACGGAGAAAGUCGCGGCUUCCAGGCAAGACCUCUAUGCAGAUCAGCUGUCCAAGGUUCCCGAGCUGGCGGCCCUAAGCCUGGGUCCGCUCUUCAAAUCCUCCUCUCCCGUCAGUCUCACGGAGUCCGAGACAGAAUAUGUGGUCAAGUGCGUCAAGCACGUGUUUGCGAGGCACAUUGUCUUACAGUUUGACUGCACCAACACGCUCAACGACCAAAUCCUUGAGCACGUUCGGGUGGCGGUGGAGCCGGCAGAGGGAUUUCAGCUGGUGGCCGAGGUGCCCUGCCGCAAGCUGGUGUACAACGUGCCGGGAACUGCCUACGUCUGCUUCUUCCUCGAGCUCGAGGAUCCCUUGAUGGUGGCUGGAACAUUCAGCAAUACACUCAAGUAUCUCGUCAAAGACUGCGAUCCUAAUUCAGGGGAGCCAGACGAAGAUGAAGGCUACGAAGACGAAUAUGUUCUGGAGGACCUGGAGGUUGCAGUGGCAGACCAUGUCCAAAAGGUCCUCAAGGCCAACUUCUCGGUGGCGUGGGACGAGCUGGGGCCGGAGAACGAAGUGGAAGACACCUACGUCCUGAGCACCAUGAAGACGCUGCCAGAAGCGGUCCAGAAGAUCACGCAGUUCAUGGGGAUGCAAGCGUGCGAGCGUUCGGACAAGGUCCCCGAGGGAAAGAGCUCGCACACCCUGCUGCUGGCCGGCGUGUACCGCGGCGGUCACGACACGCUGGUGCGGGCGCGCCUCGCCACGACGGGGGUCGCGGAGGGGGUCACCAUGAACCUGGCGGUGCGCAGCAGGGAGCCCGACGUCUGCCAAGUCAUCAUCUCUGCCGUCGGAUAAAGCAUGCUUCACCCGCCUUCAUUCGUUUUUUUUUUUUUUUUUUUCUGCCACAACAACAAAAGUACUUGUGACUAAACGAUCAGAAAGGUGCAUUUUUUGGGGGAGCCGGUUCGUUUCAUGGUGGUCACUUGACUGCCACCGGUCGUCUGGAGAUUCUUCUGCGCGUUUUCGAAGCCGACGACGGACCGAGACGCCGGGCGCGGGGCCGUACGAAAAGUUCCUUUCCUCGCGCAAUGCAAAUGUAUGUGUUGACUUAUUUUUUUUUUAUUUUUAUUAUAUAGCAGCAUUUGUUUAGAAAAAGAAAAAAAAAAGUUAGUUUGUCCUCUAGUUUAUUUGAUCAUCCGUUUUGCGUGCCCUCUAAACUAGGUGUCGAGCUGUUUUGUGCUGCAUUGGCUAAGCUAGCGUAGCUUCCAGUGCUAAGACUUUGUGAAAGCGAUAGUGGCACGAGCGAACGAGAUGCAAAGCAAAGCCAUAUACUCCUGCAGCACUGUGGAAGCUCGCCAGUCUCGACGACAUGGCACAUAAUAGUCGACACCAAGUAUGGUAGUUAUCGUCAGUUUUGGGUUCUCUUUUUGGUCGUCUCUUAUUUCAGCAUUCCAUGAAGAAGUACAUGUCGGAUCUUUUCUAACUUUUUCUUUUUGUUUCGUCACCUGCUUUCGAGUUUCUUUCCUCCAGCCCGGCCCAUUGCGACAUGUUAUUUAACGCGCGCGUUGCAGACGACGAAGAAACAAAAAAAGAAAGCAGACGAAUUGGCAGACGAGACGGGGUGAAGGGUACCGGGGAUUCGAGUCGCAAAGAGUAGCUGUUAAAAUGCCAUACUACGACGUCGAGCACUCUUACGAGUAUCUUGAGUUGGAUCGUGGCAGAAGUAAACAAAAGGAGGACUUGUCCUUGUUGAAUCGCCUCGGAAGUACCACAAAGUCCUUAGAACGCGAAGACAUCUCUUUUUGAUUGGUUCGCUUAUGCAGUUGAGUAUUUGGUGGCCAAAAAUGUACAUAGAAGCGAAGGAAAGCGAUUGAAGUGGUUCCGACACUUCUUUUAGGGCUGUCCAAACAGGACACGAUUUCUGCAGUCGCAGCAUUUGUGGUACCAGAAUUGGAGGUUUUCCUCCCAACUCCGGUCCACUUUAGCACUUCUUUUUUUGUUGUCGGUGGGAAAGCUUCUUUUUGCUCACGUCCUCUGACAGAGGCUUGCAUGCUCAUUGUGGGUCCAGACAGCCACUCGCGCUCUGCAAGCUGCCGUCGAGGCACCCGUCGUCGUCGUCUGUCGCCAGUCUCUCGAAAACAAGAAAGGAGAAGGCACGACAGCAAGCAGGAAAGCCGUGCUGUUUGCAUGGUCAACGUCCUCGCUGCAAACAGACGCGCGCGCCAGAAAUUUCACGCUUUUCAAGUAGCACGCACAUUUUUUUUUGCUGUGCAUGGCAUCUGCUUUGUUCUGUUUGGAUAGCCCUUUAGGCGUCUCGAGCAAUUAUUUGAAUUGUCUCCAAGAUCACUCAAAAUUGCCCUUUUUUUUGUCUUCUUCCUUCGCACCUUUGGAGGUUUACUUUCCCAGCAUGACUGCCGCAGGGACCGGAACAAGGUGUUGUCCCCAAACGUAAUGCCUUUCCUUUCUGGGGGAGGAGAGGGAACACAGCAUAGCGUGUAUAUAAGCAUGGUUGAAGUGUAUGAUAUGGUGUAGUCAUGCUUUUGCUGUAUGACAUGAAUCGAGUGCUAGUUUAUUUUCUAUCUGAAAUAAAGAGCAAGUCUGUGUUCAGUAA